AAAAAAUAUAUUGUUAGAAAGAUGUGUGAUUUUGAUCAUGUACUUCAUGUUGAAUGCUGUCAGAUCUGAAAAUAACGUCGCCAGGUCUAAACAGGCUGAACAAAGUAGUGAUUACUUUGAACAUGUAGCAAGUAGAGGUGUUGAUGACUGUUUGCAGACAAAUCUAGAAUCGAAUUGCUGUGCACAUACGCUGAAUGGUUUCCAAAAGGCCUGGUGGCGUGUUGAUCUGGGAGAACUGGUGACCAUCAAUAGGAUCAAAAUAUACUACAGAGAUAAUAAUCAGGAAAGACUGGCCGGAUACCAGCUGUAUGUAUCUAAUACUACCACUUCACCAAGAGACGGCGUCCUUUGUUACGAGGAUACGAGUAGCAUUAGAAGUGCGGUUAAGUUGGUGGCGACACACCAGUGUCCGUAUAUAGGUCAGUAUGUGACCAUGUACAACUAUAGAAACAAUACUCCACGAUACAGCUGGUAUAGUGAUGAAGCUUUUCUGGAGUUAUGUGAGGUACAGGUGUUUGGAUGCCAAGUAGGGAGAUACGGUGAAGGUAAUUGUAACGAUCAAUGUCCAGGAAACUGUUAUGGCGGUAACUGUGACUCAACAACAGGUGCUUGCUUCUAUUGCAUUACUGACAAGUACGGAAAUACAUGUGAUCAGGACUGUCCUGCAAGUUGUAAGGAUAUGUUGUGUGAACAGCCUAUCGGAAACUGUAUUGAUUGCAUUCCCCGGAGGUACGGCAUUAGAUGUGAACAUGACUGCUCUACAAAUUGCCAGGACAGACUGUGUGACAAAGACAGCGGGAACUGUUAUGUAUGUAUUCCUGGUAAAUACGGAAACACGUGUGAUCAGAACUGUCCUGAAAAUUGUAAGGAUUGUGAAAAGAAAACGGGAAAUUGUAUUGAGUGCCUGACCGGUAGGUAUGGUGUCACAUGUUCAUCGACUUGUCCUGUGACGUGUAAAGACUUCGUGUGUAAUCAACAAACCGGCCAGUGCUUAGACUGCUAUCCUGGAAAGUACGGAGUGGUGUGUGGGGCUGAUUGUCCGGACACAUGUACGGACAACAUCUGCAGUAAGGACGAUGGACAGUGUCUAACUACUGCCGAUUCUAAAUUGAUCAUAAUAAUUGUUUUGGCUGCUGUUUGUGGGCUGCUGUUAGUUGUGGUGAUAGCUUCAUCAAUAUAUAAGCUGCGAAAAAGACAAAUCAAAAAGAUCUCCUCAAAUACGAGCACAGAACAGUCCGUCCCGGACACUGGGUAUACGUCUCUCGAUCAUGAUCAAGAUGAAACUCCCCACGUCUAUGAAAUGGUGGUCAACUAAUCAUACGCAUGACAUGCUCAUCAAAUUCAUCAGGUUCAUUCAAUAUCAUACAAGAUCGUUGAUAAAAAAAUGUCCGUGAAUUUGAAAUGUUAAGAGGGUAAUCCCUGUUGUCAAAUGCACAUUACCCAAUUUCAUUAACCCUACAAUUCCCUUAUAUGUUGAAUACGAAUGUUAUGUAUUUCAACAUUAAGGAUUAUAAGAAGGAAUUAAUUAAUGGAACUCUGAGAAAAUAGUUUAUUUUGUCGAUAAUAUUAAUGAUGAUGCAAUCAAACAUACCAGUGACUUAAUUGAUAACUGUAAUGAUAUUAAUGAACUUAACGUUGAUCACUUGAUUGAUAACUGUUGUAAUACUAGUAAUAUAUGAUUGCAUGCAGGUAAAACUCACUUAGCACCAAUGUAUGCAAUGUAAAUAAGCCGAAAUCAGUUGCUUCCAAGAAACCUUGGUUUGAUCUUAAUCGUAAAUAUGUUAUAGAAAAAUAUACCGACGUUGUAAAGGUCAGCACAGUCGAAACGACUAUUUUCAUAAUAGAUAUAAAGAAUCUGUAAAGGCUUAUAAAUAUACUAUGAAUAAAUGUUUUAAAACAUUUAGAAAUGACAUUCGUAAAAAGUUGAAAGUUAUGAAAAGUAAAAAUCCAAGAGACUAUCGGAAGCUAUUGAAAGCUGAUGGGAAAAGGAAACCAAAAGGAAUAAUACCUAUAGCCAUUUUCUUUAAUUUUUAUAAAGACCUCAUUGUUAGUGUUAAUGAUGGUAAUACUAAUGUACCUGUAGGUUUUGAUGACGCUGUUGAUGUGGGUUUUUUUAUAUUUUGAUAUAACUAAGAAUGAGGUCAAAAAACUAUUAGGUCACUGAAAAUAACAAUUCAUGCUCUGAUGACAAUAUUAUAAGCAAAUAUAUCAAACAUUCCGCUGUGAAAAUCCCCGAUUUGUAUGAAACAAUAUUUAAUAUCAUUUUGAAUAGUGGCAAUUU